UAUUCAAAUGGUCUUCAGAGGACGUCAGACUGUCGGAGAAGUCCCCUCACCCACAUCCUCAAAUCUUCAUCGGCAGGAUACACAUCAUGAUCUCCGACAAGCCAUGAUGCUACAUGAGGCCAACCCACCAAUCUCAUAUCUCCUACCCACGAUGCAAAAUUCAGAGUUCUAAGUCAGGGCACAACUGGAGUUCCGGAAUCAAUCGAGGGGCUACCUCGUCAACAUGUACAACAACAGACAUCAGCUCAGUCUGAAUCUUCCCCUUAAAUCCGACAGGAUCACCAUUCCGUUUCCUUACGUAACCUGUUGUAGAACAAAUAUGAACUCCCUUUUUUGCGUUUUCUGCUUUUUUGGUUUCGGUGGCUUCUUUUAUCUGGGACAGUUGGCCCGCUGUCUAUAUCUUCUCUUUAGGGCGGCGUUCUACUACCUCACGUACACCUGGGUUCUCAGAUUUCUUCUUGUUUCCUCGUUUCCCCGGCUCGCAGAUUGGUACAUCACGCGAGAGGGAACAUGGGGGUUGUCAACUAGGUAGGGGCAAACACCCAGGGGAGAAAUGGGUCUGGGGCGGCUGGCGUCUGGGAUCGUGUCCCCUUUUUUUUCUGCACAA